AUCCAGGAUCGCUGCGCGGAUCUGGCAGGCGGCGGCGGAAUUGGCAGGAAUUGGCAGGAAUUGGCAGGCGGCGGUCACUGGAAACACGAUGCUGGCUUGAGCCCAGGGUCCAGGCAUGGAAUUCCUGACAGCCUCCCAACCCCCUCCAGGACCUCCAGCCAUGGACUUGGAAGAGCCCAGGGACACACUUUUGCCCUCUCAGGACCUCACCCGUGAUCGCCAGUGGGACCCCACACCAGGAGGCUCCAGCAGCCUGAGUCAGAUGGAACUUGAUGGGCUAAAUAUUCAGGACCUGGUGCAACAGUUUGAAACUCUGCCGGGUGACCUGGUGGGCCUGUCCCCGGAUGGACCCCCGUGCCCCCUGCACAUUGCCACCGGCCACGGCCUGGCCCCGCAGGACAUGGCUGACGCCCAUGGGCUCUUGUCCGCUGAGGCUGAUCGGGAAGACUUGCUGAAUCUGUUGCAGCAAGAUGAGGGCCCUCCUUCCCAGAAACCUCCUCCGGACCCUGCUCCUCGCCUGUUACAGCCCCCCGAGGACCCAGAGGAGGACACUGGCCUCCAGGAGUGGACGGAGGGAGCCUCCGCCGAGCAGGAUGAGGACAGGAGCUCCAGUAGCUCCCCAGAACCCUGGCUGGAGACCUCACCUCUGGUUACUCCUGACGAGCCACCUGCCAGUGUCCAGAGACCCAAGACCCUGGCUUCCUACCCUGCCCUCCAGGAGGUAUCCGGCCCCUGCGACCAUGAAGACCUCCUAGACGGUGUCAUAUUUGGGGCCAAGUACCUGGGCUCCACCCAGCUGGUGUCCGAGCGGAACCCACCCCCCAGCACGCGCAUGGCGCAGGCCCAGGAGGCUAUGGACCGUGUGAAGGCCCCCGAUGGGGAGACUCAGCCCAUGACGGAGGUGGACCUGUUCGUCUCCACCAAGAGGGUCAAGGUCCUGAUGACCGACUCCCAGGAGGCCAUGAUGGACCACGCCCUGCAGACCAUCUCGUACAUCGCCGACAUCGGCAGCACACUGGUUCUCAUGGCCCGGCGGCGCCUGGCCCAGAGGCCAGCAGCCCAGCCCCACAGCCGCCGCCUCUAUAAGAUGAUCUGCCAUGUUUUCCAGUCGGAGGACGCCCAGCUCAUCGCUCAGGCCAUCGGCCAGGCCUUUGCCGUGGCUUACAGUCAGUUCCUGCGGGAAAGCGGGAUUGACCCCAGCCAGGUGGGCACCCAGCAGAGCCAGGGGGCCAUGGGUCCCAGCCACCUCCACAAUGGGGACCUCGACCACUUCUCCAACAGCGAAAACUGCAGGGAGGUGUUCAUCGAGAAACGCCGGGGUGAGGGUCUGGGUGUGGCCCUGGUGGAGUCGGGCUGGGGCUCCCUGCUGCCCACCGCUGUCAUUGCCAACCUGCUGCAUGGGGGCCCCGCUGAGCGGUCGGGGGCCCUCAGCAUCGGCGACCGCAUCACUGCCAUCAAUGGGACCAGCCUGGUGGGGCUGCCCCUGGCCGCCUGUCAGGCUGCCGUCCGGGAAGUUAAGUCGCAGACGCUGGUGACCCUCAGCAUCGUCCACUGCCCUCCGGUUACCACGGCCAUCAUCCGCCGGCCGCACGUCCGUGAGCAGCUGGGCUUUUGCGUGGAGGACGGCAUCAUCUGCAGCCUCCUUCGGGGUGGCAUCGCUGAGCGUGGGGGCGUCCGUGUGGGGCAUCGCAUCAUUGAGAUCAAUGGGCACAGUGUGGUGGCCACACCCCACGCUCGCAUCAUCGAGCUGCUCACAGAGGCCCACAUUGAGGUCCACAUCAAGACGAUGCCCGCCGCCACCUACCGCCUGCUCACAGGCCAGGAGCAGCCAGUGUACCUGUGAUCGACUACCUUCACCCCCACCACUGUGCCUUAGCCCCUGCCGGCCCUGGAACUCAGUCUGCGGAACCUCCUCGGCUGGCCAAGGUCCCAAGGUUUCUAGGCUCUAUGUUAUUUUUUGAUGUAAAAAAUUAAAGCUUGCUGA